GAUAUAUAUGGUUGUCAUUUAGAUAUGGUCAUGUAGCCAACCGCUCCCACCAUUGUUAUUCAAAGUCUAUACAUGCAGAUUCUUCUUCUUCUUCCUCCUCUCUCUAUAUUCCAUAUUCAUGGCCGAACUAAUCCAUCACAAACCCAAAUCCACCAAUAAUGGUUUCCUGUGUUGUUUCGGAUUUCCCGGCCGCCGGAAACAACAACUUUCCAGGAAAAAAUCAGAUGCCAAGAAAAACAACAAGACCAGUACCCUCUGCUUUACUUGGUCAAGAUUUCGCAUCAAAAGAUCCUCGUCCACCAAAACUGUCCCACUAGACUCGACUGUUCCAUCCGAGAAUAUCAAUCUCUCACUCAAUUGUCCAAAUCCGACCGAAGAAGAUCUUCCUAAACCACUCAGUCAAAUCACCGCCGCCGCCACUCAUAAUCAAUCCUCUAAAGAGACAAAGAUUAACAAGCUCCACCAACACAGGAGGUCUUCCGAUGACGCCACGUGCCAAAAACGGUUAUCCUUCCGCCGCAAAAUCGACUCCAUAAGAACCUCCAGCCACCCGGCUUCACCCGACACGGCCAAGCCCAAAGAUAGACGGCCUAACGUGGUCAUAUCAAGAUCCACAACUUUCCCCGUCCCGGAUCGGGUCAAGUGGGUGGGUAGCGCAUCAACCCAAUCACAAGUAAUCAAUGAAAAAGAAUUCAGUAAACUGGAUCCGAUUGUGGGUUUUUCAAUUGUAACGAUUACGCUAUUGAUCAUGUUACUGUGGGGUCGAUUAUGCGCAAUCUUCUGUACAUCUGCAUGGUUUUACUUUGUUCCUCGCUUGAGAAGCAAUAUGGAUCAUAGUGGUACAAAUGUGUCGGGUUCAACGCGACCCGACUUGGAUUCGGAGGAGUACAAGAAGCGGGUCGUCAUGGAGGGAUUUCUCCAGAGGAAUAAUCAUCAUCAUCAUCAACAACGGUCAACAGCGUGAGCGGGAUGGCAUUUUGUGUAAAUUAGAGGUAAUAGUGUGUCUAAAUUUGUAACAAAGUGUCUUAAUCUUCUAGAAGAUUGUUGGAUUUUCCACAUUUAUGAAGUUCAUUAAUUGGGCAGUGGGCGAUGUCAUGUGAGGUAAGUUAAUUGGUUUGUUGUCCACGUA